CCCGCGCGGCCGCCGUAGACGGGGCGGGCAAUGGCGGCGGCCGCGUUCGAGCGGCGCGUGCUGCGGCGCGCGGCCGAGCACCACUAUCUGCGCGUGCGCCUGGAGCUGCCCGACGGCGGGGCCCGGCCGAACGCCGCGCAGUUCAAGCAGCUCGUGGUGACGGCGCUGAGGGAGCUGCACGGGGAGGUUGGAGCAGCUUUGCCUGUUGAUGUCCUAACAUAUGAGGAAAAAACUCUGUCUGCCAUAUUAAGAGUAAUUAGCAGUGGCCUUGUCAAGCUGUGGAGUGCUCUAACCUUGCUGGGCUUCUACCAGAACAGGAGGUGUGCCUUCCGGGUGCUGCAGACAUCUCCGUUUCUACUUGCGUUAUCUGGCAACAGUAGAGAAUUAUCCUUGGACUGAAUGCAGUUGUUGGUUCAGCUGCAUGCAGGAGAAGUUCCUGGAAAUGUUGUGGCCCUUCAGGCGUGGAAUUUCUGGUGGGAUUUUCCAACAAAGAGCCCUGACAAAACCAACAUUUAUCAACUCACUGCUUGGACAUGCCGUAUUUCAGAACUUACAUGUAAAAGUUGGAGACAAAGCUGAACUUAGUAAGGCUUUUACACAGAAUGAUGUAGUUACCUUUUCUUAUUUAACAGGUGACACAAAUCCUUUGCAUUUAAAUGAAGAGUUUGCACAGAAGUCUAGGUUUGGGAGAACUGUUGUACAUGGAGUUCUCAUCAAUGGACUUAUUUCUGCAGUUCUGGGUACCAAAAUGCCUGGUCAAGGAUGUAUAUUUCUUUCCCAGGAGAUUCGUUUUCCAGCUCCUUUGUAUGUUGGUGAAGAAGUCACAGCUGCAGCAGAAGUGAAACGACUGAAGGGUUCUGUUGCACACAUUUCUGUAUCGUGUCAGGUCAGAGAAAGUGGGAAAACUGUUAUGGAAGGGAUGGUGAAAGUCAUGGUGCCAGAGAGUUAGAACUGUUCAUCAUGUGCAACUUCAGCAUAAAGGCCAGAACCAAUGUA